AUGCACAACAACCAAUCGUCAGUAGUUCCCGGACUAAACCUGACUUCAACCAGCAUCGUUGACCAGCUGAUCUCGCUUCGCGCUAGACGCAAUAAUUACAUAUACACAUCUGGCAUCGGCGCUCACAAGCUGCACAUCGAAGCAGCCUCUUGGAAUUCGGCUCGGCAUAAUUGUCAAGAUGAAGGUGGUCACUUGGCAAUCAUUAACUCCAUGGAAGAGGCUCAAGUCAUCCGUAAACUCGUCGAUACAGCAGACAUAGAAACGAUUUGGAUCGGUGCCCACGACUUGUUUAACGAGGAUGAAUUCGUAACCAUAGAAGAUGAAUCGAUAUAUAAAGCAGGAUACAGCAUGUGGGAAAGAGGAGAGCCAAACAAUGCGGGGAGUAACGAACAUUGUUUAGCCGUUAAAAAAGAUGGCAAGUUUGACGAUCGGGAUUGCAAACAGGCCUUCAGCUACGUAUGUGAGAUACGUUACCCCCAGGUCUAUGUAUAG